AUGAAGAAAGAUAUCAAGAACCCUUUUACCAUAAAUCAAUUCUCUGAUAUAUUUAUAAAACUAGGCUUAUCUUUGGAUACUUAUGUGAUUGAUAUACUACAAAAUAGAAUUGAAUUAAACAUAAAGCCUCAAGUUUUUUCUGUUGAAGUAUUUUUACUACUAGUACAUUAUUGUACAAAUGGGCCAGUAGGGUUGAGUCGAAGGACAUAUUAUAAUGGAUUAGGAAGAGUAUAUGUAGGAGAUUUAUGUGGUCCUUCAAGAAAAGAAUGGGAAGUUGCUUUAGAAUUCGUUAAAAAAUUUUUAAUGAAAAAUUAUUCCACACUAAUGGUAGGAAUUAUCAUGGUUCAACAAUGUGGUGAAUUAUAUCCAAAUAAUGAAUUUAGAGCUAAAAAAAAAGGCAAGUUAUACCCAAGAAGGCUAAAUAUAAAAGAAUUAUUGAUAGUGUUCCUCGAUCAUUAUAAGAAGAACUCAAUACUAUUGUGA